GAUUGAUCAUGCAUAUUGGGUUUAGGUAUUGACGGUUGCUUCCCUUAGCCUGAUUAGGGAUGGAAUUUUGAGACUCCCAGUUAGUGUGAACACGUUAGGUGGUGAAUUGAGCAAGAUUAGGUACCGAAAGGGCACUAGUUGGUCAAUUAGUGUAAUCAAGUCCCCGUACUCAUUGAAUCUCUGGUUCGUAGAAGUAAAGCAUUUCUCCCGUGCUUUACUUGGGUGUCUAAUUGACCCACCAAAAAUCGAUUAGUAGCGACUCCUAGAUGAAAUUGAUUUGCAUGUUAACAACUUAAACUUAAGUUGCGAAUUGGUACGGGCUUGGGAGAGCUCGAGCUAAGUUUAACUUAGUAAUCCAUUAGCCUAACCCCUUAGGCGGCAGGGCCGGUUCGGGGAGGUAGCGACAGCUUGGCGACUCCGCUGGGGACUUCUUAGUGGACUUAGGCCGUUUAUCUUGUUCAAAUACAUCCCUAGCGUAAAUGUUUUUGCCAUUGACCCCUUAUUUUGCAGGUUUGGGAUUUGGGGAAUGAAUGUUUAUUUUUUCAGACGCUUGAAGUAUUGUUUGCUUAUAAACUGUUGUGCAUGCUUUAGAUGUUUUAGCACUACACUAUUGCACACAUAACCAUGCUGCCGGACUUGGGCCGCGAUAGGACGCUUUAGGAUGGUGUUAAGAAAGAUACAACCUCAAACGCGAGACUACAAUGUAGAGGUUGCCUUUCUUCUCCCCGAAAGUUCUUUCUUGGUGUCGUAAGUGUUUAUCCUUGUCCGCGAGACCGCAUGACUAUAGGAUAUCUCUUUCGACUGAGUCGGAGUUAAGAGGACCUGACACCAACGCGAGACUACGACGGUUAGAUCACCCUCUUAGCUUCACCUUGUUAAACUGUCUAAGAUAGAAAGCGAGCCUCACUUUUCAUGCGUGUGUCUUUGUGUUUGCCAUGGCUCUCGAUAAAGUAAGCCUUUAUCUCUCCUGUUAUGCAAUUCAUUUAUUUCCUUUUGUUGGUCCAUGGCAAAUUAGGUCGGUCGUUAGUCUCAAUUUAUAUACGAUGGGGAGAGCCGAUAUCCAAUUCAUUUCCACUCCCAAGAAAGAGCUCAUAGGGUGGUGGGAUCAGUUGGAUCAAAAUGGCCAAAGACAGGUCGAGGCAAGGAUGGCCGUCUCCUCCCGUUACUCAAGAUCAACAUCCAUUCCGGAGUUAUGCAAGCAAUACCGCACUUUUGGUGCCCUCAAACAACAACCUUCAUAUUUGGGUGGCCUACCAAUACCGAGCUCUUCAAGAGAUUCCGCCACCUCUCAAGACGGAGAUGUUUCAGGCUCGCUUCACCCGCACGGACUACGACUACUUCGACGAAAUCUGUGCCAUUGAGAUCGCAUGGAGCGAAUGCCGCCCUGAAAGAAUUGUCGUGCCUAAGAAAUUGAAUGGGGAAGAAGAGAUCUACCAUGCCUCCACAUUCUACAUCCGCAAUCACCGAAUUCCGACCAUUCUACGACCGCUGGUCCCGGAAGUGACUGACAAGCCCACCUAGAAAGCGCAAAUUGA